CCGGUCUAGAUUGAAUCCUCAGGGUGAACCACACGCGUGCGUACGGCGUGCCAUAAACAGUAAACACUUCCUGCCAAAUAGUGGUCCCUAACAACAGACAAAGCGGUGUGGAAUCAAUACGAAGCCAUUCAACAACAACAACAACAACAAAAAACACAUUACCCCAAUGCAGUGUCCAGACAGCCUCCCCAAGAAGUAGAGAGUAGAGACAUGUCAGGAGGAAGUGGCUCAGCGCAUAUGGACGACUCGCAGGACCUGCCUGACUUGCCGACCAAGAAGGCCAGACAUGAGCUGGACGUUGGACUGAACCAAGAGCCAAGGGGACUACGUGAUGACCAGAUCCCUCCUACUCUCUUCGGCUCAGGAGAUCAGGACAAUUCAUACUCUACGUUGUCUAAUGCCCAGCUUGAUGGAGCGGUGGCCAGCAGAGCGCUCACCACAACAACAGCCUCUGAAUAUAACUCCCACAUCUACCAAGGAAGCAGACCAGCAGUCACAGCCUACACCACCAGCCAGGGUGCCUUUCCUCCUCUGGCCCAGGCCACAGUCUACACUGCCUUCCCUCAGGCAGGACAGACCCAGGCUACAGUCUACACUGCCUUCCCUCAGGCAGGACAGACCCAGGCUACAGUCUACACUGCCUUCCCCCAAGCAGGACAGACCUACGGCCUCCCACCAUUUGGUGCUAUGUGGCCAGGUAUUAAGUCAGAGACUGGGCUGCCUGAUGCAGCACACUCUGUUGGCCAGCCUGGGUUCCUCAGCUUCAGGUCAGCAUAUACCCCAACCCAGCCAGACCCAGGCCAUGUGCACUGCUCAUACCCCAGCCAAGGCUCCAGUUUCACUACAUCCAGUGUGUACACUAACAUCCCCUCUGCUUCCGCAGCUACAGAGGCUCACCAGGAGUUCAGCAGCUAUAACGUCAACUCUCUGGGCCAGACCCAGUUCCCUCAGUACUACGCCCCGCCCCUUAGCUACCUCCCCGCCGGGCUGCCCAAUAGCGAAGAGAAUGGAUCCAGUAUGGGUGUGGCCGGGUAUCCAGCUAUAAAGACUGAGGGCAGUGCCUUGGCUGGACUGCCCAGCACUACAGAUGCAUGCCCACGUGAGAACCUCCCGACCGGCGUAGCCCUGCCUACAGGUGUGGCCCUCCCCAUGGGGGCCCUGGACCAGGAUGAGGCGGGGAGGAGGAACCCUGCUGGGAAGGCCAAGGGGAAGGUCAAGAAAUCAGACAGCAACCAGCCUACUGACGCUGACCUGGAGCGAAUCUUUCUGUGGGAUCUGGAUGAAACCAUCAUCAUUUUCCACUCUCUGCUCACUGGGUCCUUCUCUCAGAAGUUUGGCAAGGACUCUGACACUGUGCUGAACCUGGGCCUUCAGAUGGAGGAGCUGAUCUUUGACCUGGCAGACACACACCUCUUCUUCAAUGACCUGGAGGAGUGUGAUCAGGUUCAUGUUGAAGACGUGGCCUCUGAUGACAACGGACAGGAUCUGAGCGCCUACAACUUCCUAGCGGAUGGCUUCCACAACCCCAGUGGUGUAGGCGCCGCCACAGGAGUCCAGGGCGGGGUGGAGUGGAUGAGGAAACUGGCCUUCCGUUAUCGUCGCCUGAAGGAGAUCUACAACGGAUACAAAGGGAACGUGGGAGGCCUGCUGAGUCCCAUGAAGAGGGAGCUGCUCCUCCGGCUCCAGUCUGAGAUGGAGAAUAUGACGGACGCCUGGCUCAGCACAGCACUCAAAUCCUUGCUGCUUAUCCAGUCCAGGUCAGCACAGGGUAAGUGUAUGAAUGUCCUGGUGACGACCACCCAGCUGGUGCCUGCUCUGGCCAAAGUGUUGCUCUAUGGUCUUGGGGAUGUCUUCCCCAUAGAGAACAUCUACAGCGCUACCAAGAUAGGGAAAGAGAGCUGCUUCGAGCGCAUCGUCUCUCGCUUUGGGAAGAAUGUGACCUAUGUGGUGAUUGGAGACGGCCGUGAUGAGGAAUUCGCGGCAAAACAGCACAACAUGCCUUUCUGGCGUAUCACCACCCACGGGGACCUGGUAUCCCUCCAUCAAGCCCUGGAACUAGACUUCCUGUAGAACGGAAGGAAUGGAGGUUACGACACAAAGGGAAAGGAAACUUGGUCGGUGUGGGCCAACCCCUCUGUUCGCUUGUGGAGUGACAUUAUAAGCUGAGUGUCCUCAGCUCCACACCAGCCCUCAAACUCACACGCCCUUUACACACUUGCUGGCUGUAGUGUGUCGCUCUUUUCCCCGUGUGAUGGCCGUGGACUGAUCUGAGGUGGACUUUGGGGUGUCAGUGGCUGGGAAGCAGACUGGACAGACAGACCUACUCUCUGAUGUAGAGCUCCUCCCAAGCAACACUCUCCAUAUGGCAGCUAUCCUCCAAAGACUGAGCCUGAUCACUGGGGCAUAGCAGCAGCGACCGACCGACCGACGCCGACAGGCAGGACAUGACUAAAAAUGAAGAAGACCAUUCCCAUAUCUCUCUCUGAAGUGUCUGUAGUCUCUGGCUCCACAACCCACAGGCUGUUUCUCUCUCUGUUCUCUCUCUGGGGUUGCAUCCAAAAUGGCACCCUAUUCCCUAUGUAGUGCACUACAUUUGAUAGGGCCUAGUGCUCUCAUCAAAAAUGGUGCACUACAUAGGGAAAAGGGUUCCAUUUGGGACGCCGCCUCUUGUUAGUGGAUCGACUAAAGCAAAAGGUCUUGCAGCCCUGUCUGGCAUCCCGGACAGACCCUUCUGGUUGUUUAGACCUUUUACACUUUUUUACUAUUUUUCCAAAUUCUCUUUCUGUAGGGUAGCUGAAAGUAUAAUAUCACUUCGAAUGUUUUUUUUAUCAUUUGUGUUUUUAAAAGGUUGUUUUGCAUUCCAAAUGACUUGAGGGUAUCAUUGAUGAGGGUCGGUAAUCAUUUUAGUCUUUUCAAAGCCAAUGAUUCGAUGACUACUAUAAGAAUGACCUUCAAUUGACCUUCUGGAUGUAACCUUUCCACUAACAGUACUGACGUUUUCUCCAUAGACACCUCCGCUGUCCUGACCUCUCCACUGUGUCACGGGCUUCAACAGCCUAACUGUGCUCUUUUUUACAUAAACUGAUGUGUGGUCAGAAUGACUCAAUGACGACCCUAACAAACCUGUAUUCCACUGCAUGGUUUCAAGGACGCCAGGUUACUAUGUAGUUAAUCAUAAGAACAGCCAAACCAGGCGUUUUCUGUGAGAAACAGCCAAACCAGGCGUUUUCUGUGAGAAACAGCCAAACCAGGCGUUUUCUGUGAGAAACAGCCGAACCAGGCCUUUCUGUGAGAAACAGCCGAACCAGGCCUUUCUGUGAGAAACAGCCGAACCAGGCCUUUCUGUGAGAAACAGCCGAACCAGGCCUUUCUGUCAGAAACAGCCGAACCAGGCCUUUCCUGUGAGAAACAGCCGAACCAGGCCUUUCUGUGAGAAACAGCCGAACCAGGCCUUUCUGUGAGAAACAGCCGAACCAGGCCUUUCUGUGAGAAACAGCCGAACCAGGCCUUUUCUAUACAUUUACAUCUAAGUAACCAAGGAUGGGCCCUCAAAACAAUGUGCAUCUUCAUCAGCGUGACGCAUGUGUGAACAUGUCCACAUAACCUGUGGAAGAAACCCUCCCCUUGGAGGAGCUGUUCCUCAGAGCACAACCCUGCAUGUCUUUGAAUUCCUGCAAAAGAGACUUGACAAUGAGGAUUUUUAAAAGCAGUUGGCUGGAAGGGACGGCAAAUCGCACAAUACAGUCACACGCGUUAUAUUAGAUACAGUGGAGAAUUGUUAUCUGUUAUUGUUCAAUACUGGAAAUGAUGUUAAGACCAAGAAGUCACGGGAGAUUUGUCUGGCCAAGCAGGUCCAGAUUUCCUCACAACACGACAGAUAAUUUGCAUCACAGAGAUCACGUGUUGUCAUUGAUAAAUGGAAAUGUUUCUGUGUCUCUGUUGUAGAAUCGAUCUCUAGUUGAUUUUCCUCCAUUUGAAUCGUGAGGGUCACACAAAACUCCAUUAUUUCAUAGUGGGGGUUUAUUGGGACCUUCUAAAUGUACUAUUGAUUGUACGGGACCGGCUGCCCAAACAAUAUUGGCCUACUGCCACUGUGUGCAGUGUACAGUCAGUCUACCCUUGUCAUUAUAAAUAUUGGGAAAAACACCAG